CAUGGCGUAAAGAAGUGUACAUUUCUGUGCACGUAAAACAAAAAUAAUGAUUCUCAGACGAUUUAUUUUGCGUUUGUGCUUUAAAAACUAUUGUUUAAGAUAUAAAGUAUCAUGAUUAAAGUGUGCUUGUUAUAGUUAGACGUAAGUGUGCGUUAAAAUGGACAAGAAAAAUGCCAUUCGGAGAGCCAAAAGGCCGUCUAAAGUGCUUGAAGAAAAUUACUGGGAUUGCAGCGUUUGUACAUACAGAAACAAUGCGGAAGCCUUCAAAUGUUCCAUGUGUGAUGUUAGAAAAGGCACAUCGACCCGCAAGCCGCGCAUCAACCCGGCGCUGGUGGCGGCGCAAGCAGCCGGCACAGCGCCCACCAGCUCACAGAAACGGCCGCGAUCCGCGAAUUCACUCAAGAAGAAACGUCGACCGCCCCGACUGAGCAAUGUGGACAGGAGCUCCGCGCAGACCAGAGAGGUGACAGUGAGUGGGGUAACUGUCGUUAUAACUGAAUACAAGCCUAAGAAAUCUGUGUCGAGCAGUUCCAGCGAUGUCGAGUCCUCGAAUGAUGCAAGACCGUGAUCCCUCGCCUCGGGCUGAUGGUAAAGUGAAUGAACUAUUACUAGAUGGAGUAGCAGUGUUUUGUUUUACAGAUUUUAAAUUCGUAUGACUUCCUUCUAAGUAUUUAUUAAGAUUUUUCUCAUGUCGUCUUUAUUGUAACUUUGUUUGAAAUGGCAUCUCGUAUUCUUAUACACCCUGUAGUUACUUAUGCACAUCAAAUUUUGAAUUCUAUUCUGUACACGAUAAGACAGAUUAUUGCGGAAUUUUCUCGUGAUUUCAUCCUUAUAUGUGCGAAAUAGACGACAAAUUGAUCGAUUGUGAAAUGUGCUAUCGAGAGUAUCAGGUGCUAUUUCAAAUGAGGUUUAUGUGGUUUUGUAUAUAUUCCAGAGUGCACCGUAGAAAUUAAUGCAUAAUGUAUUUAUUUGUUAAAAUAAUUGUAUCGCCUCUCAAACGCAUAAAUCGUCUGAGUAUAAAAUUCUUAUGGUUUUAGUUAAAAUUUUGUUGUGAAUUCGAAUAAAAAAUGCGAAGGUGUGAUCAAAGUAGGAACGUAAGUAUAGCUGGUUGAAUAGGGAUGAUAACGGGGUAUGAAAAUUAAAAUCUAUUUAGUCCGUCAGUUAGGUAAUGAAAUAAUAUUAGACACGUAUUUUUUUAUUUUGUCAUAUAAGAUAACAAUAAUAACUCGUAGAUAAAACGAAUCAAAGUUUAGAAAUGGGAUAUCAUUUAUACGUAUAAAACGUACCUAGAAGUGAUGGCACGCGAUAUUUCGAAUCGAUAUAUCUUCGAAAGUAUUGGUUUCCGUAAGAAAAUAAAAAAUACGUGUCUAAUAUUUAAAAAAUAAUCUACAAGACGGACAUUAAAGUAAACAUUAGGCAUGUACCCUAUUAUCGCUUUUCAAAAUCGUAACUAAGCUUUACUUAAUGCCAUUAUUAUCUUGAAAACUAUAACUUAUUUUAGUGUAGGUUUCGUUUACAUUGAUUUAAAAUUAUAUGUAAAGGGUUGUUGUAUAUAAGAAUGAGACCAGCUGGUCACUGCCAAACGACGAUUUGUAAAUAAAAAUUUGAUGAUACGGCUGUAAAUGUAGAUUUUUUUUCGUAAUUUCUUACAUCUGACGAGCGGAAAGCUAUAGUAGAAUAAAAAUGUCCUUUUAAGGUAAGCGUCCACAGGCCCGCAUCGUACGCAUCGGACGGAUCGCAUCAAUCGCGUUCGGAUUGCCGACGCGAGUAUUAGCAAUCGGAUUGCCCACGUCACUUUCACUCGGAUUUUUGGCAUCGGCAUUACGUAUGACGUCAUCGGUCCGCAUCGCGUGUAAGCAUUGCCAAUAAGCGGUCCGAACGAUGCAGAUCAGUGGACGCAGUUGUAUGAGUUUCUAUAUAAGACAAACUAAAAUCCGUUGCGCGCGAUGCGUACGAUGCGGGCCUGUGGACACUUACCUUUAAGGACUUGGAGGGACUUAAAUUUUAAUUAGUAUGUAUAUUCGGACAAGCACACACUAUUGUCUAUUUUCUUGUAUAUUUAUUAAGUAGAAAUUCAUUUAGUUCAUAAUUUUUGCUGAAGUGUUGUGUUUAAACGCUAAACGUACGCGGUAAUGGGUCGUUUAAAAUAGUUUUUUUAAAGAGAAAUUAGUGGUGAGAGUAUGCCUUAAUAUUUUCAAAAUUACCCAAAUAUUAUUAAUUGGAGAUGAAAUGUCUAAAAUGAACGCACAGUAUAUUUUUAGAUGCAAUUAGUUUAAAUGACGUAGCCUACUAGAAGCACAUCUUAGUGAAAUAUUCAGAUUACAUACUAAGAGCAAUGAUUAAAGAAAAGGUCUUAAUUUAUUGAUUGAGGGAAAUAUUUUAAAACUUCAAUGUUUUCACGUACUGUACCCGUAUAAGUGUGCUUUACUUAGUAGAACACGAAACGGGAGCGCGUUCAGCGCUCUGAUUGGUUAGUUUAUUCGCGCCGGCCAAUCAGAGCGCCGAACGCACUUUCCUUUCAAUUUUCAUAUUCGUUCAACGUAAAGCAAACUCGUACUAAAGGUAUGUAAAUAGUCGAUUCGGUAGCAAAACGAUCGCCUGAAAAUAAUAUCUUUUUGUAUCGAUAAAUGAAUGACAAAAUUUUUAUUAAAAACUAUGAGGUUUUCAAAAGAAUAAGGAAGGAUUAAAGAGUUGCUGCCCAAUCGUGCAAGUUAUCGAUAUACGUACAUAAGUAGCCUCUUAAAACAUUUUCUCUCAAUAAAUAAGUUCCUAUAAAGUAUAAAGCGUACUAUCUUGAAAGCUAAAAGAGCUACGGUAUGAUAUUCUCAGUACUUUAUGACCGUCCUUCGUCGGAGUCGGGCGAGGUGCCUUUAAGCCUGUAAAAUAAUUUACUGGCAACCCAAACACCACUAGAGUUAGGACUAAAACUUAGACCAGAUUAAUCUUACGUUGAAAGUUAGGCUCUUUACUUACGGCGGCGUAUUGUAAGCGUAUUGUAACGACGUAAUAUGACUUUUUCCGAGUUAUAUGUACUUUCUAAGAUUAUUUAGACACCACUGACAAACGGUGAAGGAAAACAUCGUGAGGAACCUGGGCUUAUAAUUUUUAAUUAUAAGUUUGAAAUCGCCAACCCGCAUUGAGCAAGCAUGGUGAUAAAUGCUCAAACCCGUUCUAUAUGGGAAGGUUUUACAGGUUUCGUACAGUGUAAAACCUGCGUGACACUAUUCUACUAGAUAGGUUGAGGUAAUCUGAUCAUCUACAAAAUUAUGCAUGAUCAUUUUGUCUUGCUCUUGUCAUAAAUGCGUACUGCAAUACGCUUACAAUACGGCAUUUAUAAUAUACUUUUUUCCAUCAACAAGUAAUGGACAUCUUUAACCGCCGCAUUCAGAGUCAUUUAAUGGUUACUUAAACCAGUCCGUAGCAAUUGUUUUCGAUCCAAAAUCGUUACUAAAGGAAUAGUUUAAGUAAUCAUUAAAUGUCUCUGAGUGAAGCAGUUAGACUUUCAAAAUGAUAAAAUUUUGAGUCUAGUGGACUACGCAAUAAUCAACAAUUGUCACCAAGUUACCAAAAACACAUUAUUGGCCCUAUGUUUGUGUUCCAAGCAUUAACUAAGUAUUUAUUCUAGCUUUAAGAUUCUUAUUAAUUUAAGUGCAGUCCAUUUCGAUGUACCGUUUACAAGGUAAUGCGUAAUUGUAUCUCUCAACAGUAUCUUUUCAUACAAAAUUAAAAGACGAACUCUUUUGUGCAAUGCCAAUUAUGGCAAUAGACUUACCCCUAUUACAUGGGACUUAUAACACAAAUGGUGAAAAGUGGGUGUACAUUGUAUAGUGGCAUUACGUGCUGUAAUGUGCACCUCUGCCUACCCCUUUGCGGAUAAAAGGCGUGACGUUGCAUAGGCAUAGAACUCUUUAGUCUUGUUUUAUUUUGUUUACGAAAAGAGACUAUGAUAGUCUUUAUCAAUCAAACAAUAACAUACAUACAAUUUUUAUUCAAUUUUCUACUUAAAACAUAAAACAAUAGAGUUGAAUAUCAAAGAGCUGAUGUGACACUAUUGGGAAAUGCAAUUACGCCUUGUAAAUGAAAUUCAGAAACUUCAAUAUUUGACAAUACAAUCAAUGUGUAUGCUACGAUGUAAAAUAUUUUUACUCUUUAUUUAUUUUAACGAUACAUGAAUGUAAUCUAAUUGUAGAUGACGAUGGUAGACGUUUUCCAUAGGAUUAUUAUAAUCAAUUUUAAUACGUUUUAGUUCUAACGUACAUGUACGGUUAUUCUAUGAAAAGCUUAUGCUUGCUGUCCCGAACGGCAUUUGAGUGAUGAUAUUCUACCAAGAGAACAAAAAUCUCAAUGUAUGGGCUUGACACUAUUGGUAAACAAUUAUACAAAAGGGACUAAAGAAAACGCACCCACGACACAGGAGACAAUUCUUUGAGAAAGUUAAUUCUAAUUUCUAAAAUGUCCUGGAAAUCGUAUGUGUACGUUAGAACUAAAAAUGUGGACUCAAGUCCUAGGUAACUACAAUCUAAAUUACCACGGACUGUCGUACUUUCUACUCCAACUAAAACGCUAGAAUCCAUUUUGAUAAAAAAACCGUUACAAGUAUUAUUAGAAAUUCGAAAUGAAAGUGUUGCCACACCAAAAAAGAGAAAAUGUUGCGUAACUUUAUUUUUUAUACGAAAUCAAUUGACAGGCGAUUUAAAAAUUUCGAUUUUUUAAAUGAAUAAUUAAAUAAUAUUAAAUUAAUUGUUGUAAUCAUAAUUAUAAUUGUAUUAAAACGGGUGCAUGUAAUAAAAUUUUGUAAUUAGAUACAUUUGUAUGGAUUUGUAUGUUUUUUAAUAAUGAAAUAGUAUUGGGACUUCCUAAUGUUUCUUCCUCUAAAUGGAUUUAUAAGGUUUAUGUUAUUCAUAGAGUGUAAAAGCGUCACAGAGUUGUUGGAAGUGUGUUUACAGCUUUAGUUUUUAAAAGUUUACUAAGCCGGAUUAAUAUGAGUUGCCCGGCCGUUCAAUAUGAACGUUGAACAGUUUUCUAAGCGUACAAUCGACUAUGAAACAUAAUGUGUUCUGAUUUGAUAUUCACUGUUAUAUAAAAUCAGGCAAAGAAUCGAUCAACCGUUGAAACAGAAGUAAACUGUAUUGAUUUCUUCUGCAUCUUGGAGCUUUCACUAAAGCGAAUUCUACAUCACAACCAGACUUGGAAUAAUAUUUCGUUGGUCUACCAGUUACAAGGCCAAAUUCAAGUACCCUUAACCGACGAACAUGCAUGAAAAGACUAAUGACUGUUGAUUAAGCGGACCAUUGUCUCUGCCUAUCCCCAUGGGAGACAGGCGUUAAGUUAUUUAUGUCGAUCAGUUGUCACCCUGUACCUCCUAAGAGGGUUUGGUAGAUGAUUCUAGGGACACAACUAGGACAAGUUACCGAGAGAUAACAGAAUAGGUACUAUUGCUUGACUACUGUUUGCUGGUCGAAACCGCAACCAUCUUCCUCAUCAUAAUCAUCAUAUUAUCAAUCAAUGCCAUCUAAAUCAGUCGGUUGAUGGUUCUGAACACUACAAUUUGUUUGGUAAAAAAGUCCGUACUUCUAUGUAUGCUACUUAUUGAAUCUCAAACUCGAGUAAAAUACACCAGAAACAGCUCUGUGGCGAAUCAAUAUGUAACUCCGUCAAAUGGCACAUUAUACAUAGUCGUAUCAAUUAACAGCGGUAACACGUUUUCCGUAAUGUGUAACGUUGCAGACUCAAGGGUGAAUAUACAAUGUGAUAGGGGUGAGACUUCUAACCCGUUAAGGCUGAGUUCUACAUCUAAUUUUAUCGACAAAAGUUGGGGGUCGAAGGGGUCGAAUCCCCUCCCCCUAAAAAUUAUGGCUAUUUUAAUAUUUUUUUUACUUUUUUGAUAUCAAAGGUUGUAUGCGUCGCGUCGUAGAAAAAAAACGACAAACGGUAGCUAAUAACCUUGGCUAACUAAUUAAUUACUUUUUUCAUAUGUUUGAUAAUGUUUUGGUGAGAAAAAAAAUCAUUUGUGAAUUAUUUUUACCGAAAAAAUCACUAUUUUGCAAUAUUUUUAAUUAGGGGUUCAAACCCCCAUAUUAAUUUUUUGUCGAUAAAAUUAGAUGUAGUACUCAGCCUUAACAGGUUAGAAGUCCCACCCCUGUCACAUUGUAGACGAAAAAUACAUGUAAUUUUUGGUAAUUUUGAACCUUAUAACCUAUUCCUUUGUCUGCAACGUUAUAUAGGACGUUUUAUGUAAAUUUCAUUCUUGAGUAGAUAAUAAUUUGUUUGUUGUUUGAUCUUCAUUACAAAUAGAUAAUUUAAUUUUUAAUCAUAGACGUGUGAUUCCUAUUGAAGCUAGGUAUGGACGUUUUCUCUUUUUAUAAUUAUUAUUAAUUGCUAAAUUAUAGUCUAUUUAUUCUAUCGCUAUGAUUUCUAAUUUUAAUUUAAUUUAUCGUGCGAAGGACUCUGUGACAUUACGAUAGUGUUGCAAGUAAUAAAAUACUAUUUUUGUACGUUGUCUAUGCACAGAGUCCCGCUUGUCUAUGGUACGGCUAAAUGUUAACUUAAUGUGUAACGUAGAGCUAAAUGUUAAUUAUUUUUAAGUUCUAUAUCAAUGUACUGUAUUGUAUAUAAAGGAUGUGGAAAGUA